CACGUGAGACGGAGGGGGUGCAGGUACAGCCGCGGCUCACCUUACGUCUCGGCGGCAGGAAGCGGGACGUCCAGGCUGAGAUGACGGAGGAAUGCGUGGAGCCGCAGACGUCUCAGGAGGAUGUCAGGACGAGCAGCAGAGGAUCCGCCAAGCAGGGCCCAGAUUAUCAUUCUGAUGAUGAGGAUGAGAUGAAGGAGCAUCAGAAAAUCAGCAGGAUGGUUGGAGAAUCUCUGCAGGCUGCAGAUCAGGAGCAACUGGAGCCGUCAGGCAGGAAGAAACCGCAGCUGGUCAGGUCAAAAACUUUAGACAACUCCAUGCUGACUGAGGUCCAGAUCGACCCGGAGUCCAAGAUAGACAGGAAGAGGUUCCACUACAGCCAGAUUUCCAAGAGCAACUGUCAGUACCAUAAAAUAUUUAAGGAGAUCAGCAAAGAGGAGCAGCUCCGACAGAGUUACACCUGCGCCCUGCAGAAAGACAUCCUGUACCAGGGCCGGAUGUUCGUCUCCGAUCACUGGAUCUGCUUCCACUCCAAGGUUUUUGGCAAAGACACCAAGAUUGUCAUCCCAGUGAUGUCCAUCACCAACAUCAAAAAGACCAAAACCGCCAUCCUGCUGCCAAACGCUCUGGUCAUCGCCACCACCAACGACAGAUACCUGUUCGUCUCCUUCCUGUCCAGAGACAACACCUUCAAGUUCCUGACGUCAGUCUGUCUCCACCUGGAGGGCAGGAGUCCGUGCAGCAGCCCGGUUCCUUCCUCAGCCCCACACAGCUUCAGAGGUCAGAGGUCGCCGCUGUUGACCCCCUUUCCGAUGAAUAAUUUAUUGGACCUGGAUGGAGCCGUGAGGCAGAGACGGCAGGAGCUGGAGGAAAACAGCAGCUCCGACUCUCCGGCCCCAGACUACGAUAAGAUGGCCGCAGACUUGCCCAUUCCUCACUUCCUGGGCCUGAAACAAAGCGGGAAGUCGGCUUCUCCGGAGCAGAAGCACAAAGUGAAGAAGCAGCAUCAGAACCAGCAGAGCGCCACCAAGAGGCAGCGGAACUCGCUGCGGUCCAGUUCAGAGGUCGUGUUCGACGGCAGAGUCAUGAAAACCGUUUCUCUCAACACUCUGAUGAUUAUCUACAUGUUCCUGGUCUGCGUUCUGGUCCUGUCUUCCUGCUAUCUGACCUUCAGGAUCGUUUCUCUGGAACAGAAACUCUCGACGCUCGGCUCCAUCAGCGACUUCACGCAUCACGAAAGCAGUUUUCUUUCUGGGAGUCCUGAUCUGAACACUGAGCUCUUCUCUGAACUGCUGACCAUCAACCUGCUGAAACUGGAGAAGGUCCAGAAGAAUCUGCAGAAGCUGCUGGAAGAAGCUGCUUGACUGAACUGGGAACCAGUAUGAGCUGCUGACAGCUUUGUACAUAAACUGUGAAUAUUUAAUUUAUUCUAUGCAGGCAGUAAAACGGGAACCCGCUGCAGCUGCGGCCUGAGAAAUUAAUCAAACUGCAAACUGAUCGAUUUUCUUCAUGCUGGCAGUGAAACUGACGCCUACUUGUAGAAACAAACAGUGACGUCGCCCUCUACCUGCAGCGAGCGUAUCUGCAGCUCAGAACCAAACUGGAGCAAUGGAAACAUCUCACAGGCUUUGACUAGGCCAAAACACAUCUUCACAGGUGGAGCUGCUGGUGGGAACCAGUAGCUGCGUUUCCGUUACAAAUGUAGUUGAACUGUGUUGGUGUCACACUGAUGUCGAAAAACAGCUUAGAAAUUAAAAUCAAGCAUAAAUAAGUUUGAUCCUGUAAUAAUGGCAGCAAACAAACAUGUUUUAACCUCAGUUUAUUUCAAUUUGGAAACUUGCAUGCAUAUGCAUUUCAAAUGAUUUAAAAUUUAAGACUGAAUGUGAACAUGUUGUGAUUUAUUAAAUCUAAUGAGAAGUAAAGGCUAUUUUGGAAAAAUAAACUCAUUUUGGGAAAUAAUUAUCUAUUUUCUGAAUAAAUGUUCAUUUUUGCUGUAAUUUUGUCAUUUCUCUCUUUUAAACAUUUUUAUUUCACUGCUUUCGGAAGCAGAACUGGCAGAUUUUUUUACUGAAGCUUAAAUUAAA